AUGAACUACAUUUCGGCUGCGGACUCGAGCACCACACAGAUCCAUCGAGACAGUCGCUGGUCAUCGCAUCAGUUCCUUGCGAGUUCGAACAUGCUCGCAAUGGUCUCGAUUGGGAAGCAUGACUCCAUGGACGCUGCAACGGACGUUCCUUUGAAGCUGGAAGCUACACAUCUCCAAUCCACUUCAUCAGCACCGCCAUCAAGGAAGCAACCUGUUGGCUUCACCACCCUUCCAGCACCCGUGCGAAACAAGAUCCAUUCCCACCUCCUCGACACCGAGCUCGUCAAUGCCGGCCAGCCCAACGUCUCCUACACGCACACCAUCAAGAAGUCCACACUACACUUCAACGCCUCUCGCCCGCCCUUUCCAGUCGCAUCCGCUCUAUUCUUCGUCAACAAACAGAUCUCAAAAGAAGCGCGCGACUUCUUCUACUCCAAGAACCUGUUUAUCAAGUUCGAAAUCUACUCCCCCGAUGCACGACAUGCGAAGACGAUGCUGGAGGACUCGGGCGUGUUGUUCUCGGUUGCGAGUCCGGAGGCGGUGGAAAAGUGUACGACGCAUGCGAUGGAUCUGACGAUUGUGGAGAAGGGAAGCGCUGUGAAGAGAACGAGUGUUAUAUUUCCGGCACAGUAUCUUCCUCGCCUGGUAAAUUUUAUGGAGCAGGCGAGUAAGGCAUCUGGGGCAUGGGCAGCCGGCCAUGCGCUGUUUUUGUCUGUGGUCAACAUGUUUGGGUUGGAGAAAGCGAGGGUGCAGGGCGAUUUACUGGAAUUGUUUCGGUCGUUGACAGACAUUGGGAAGGUGGAAGUAGAUGGAAAGGAGCUAUUGGAGGGAUAUGCGUACGCGCUGCAGCGGAGCAUGAUGGCGGCGACAUUCGAGGCGGAUGUAUGGCUGAAGGCCGUGACUGAGAUGACCGACCGCGCUGAGGCAGCGCACGAUAAGAGCGACUACGAAACUGCCACUCAGCAAUGCCAGGCGGCAACAAUAUCAAUCACCUACGCGUACCUCACGCGUGCGGAGACAUUGCACUCGCAGCCCGAGUCCUUUGUCAAGAGUCUCCAGCAUCUGCGCUGGCGCACGGAACUCACGCUCGCCACGACGCUUCAUGCAAAGCACUCCCCAACCAUUGCCUCCUCUUCCCCUUUGAUAUCAGCUUCUACUCCCACGGCAGCUCAAAAGCAAAUUGCAGCCGACCUUCUCGCCGCCGAAACGGCGGCCUCCCACGCCCUCAGCUUAUCCACCGACUCUCCCUCCCCAGCCUCAAACCCAUGGUUCCGCUCACUUCCCCCUGAACUCAUUCCACCGAAUAAACCGGAUUGGUUCACUGAUGCAGAGCGGGGUAGGAGUUGGUAUGUGCUCGGGCUGACACAUAUGGCGUUGGGUGAGUGUUUGUUUGCUGCGGGUGAUCUGGAGAGGGCGGCAGGGUUGUUGCGUGACAAUGAGGAUGCUGAUAAAGCGUUUGCGCAGGCGAGGAACGAGAUCAACUGGGAGGUGCGGCCCGGUGUUGGGCUCAGGAAGGCUGCGUGGGUUGCGAGAAGGGAGACCGAGUAG